UCCAUCCCACCCGACAGGUACAAUCGACACGGACUGGUUCUCAGCAACUAUAGAGGAACAAGAAGAGGACUCUGGCUGCUUUGAGUAGCCCCGAUUCGGCUAGAGAAAUCCCGUCGUCAGCCUCGAGCGUUGCAUCAUGUCCCGGCCUAGUAAUCCCGGACCUGCGGGUCCAUCGAGGCCCUUAGGGACCAGCGCGAAGCCAGCUGCGUCCUCUAGUAAUCCUAUGCCUCGUCGUAGUGCUGGUGCCCUUCCUGGACUCGCCCGGACUGCAUCGUCACUUCGUCAAGGCCAAGAAGCAUCACGGACGACCGGAAAUCUAGCAUCCAUUCCGGCUCAUUUAAGAAACAUGUCCACGCCCCGAAUACCAUCACCUCUCGGUAAAGGCACGCCUGCAAGAGGAGUCAAACAGUCCUUACCUGUUAGAACCUCCAAAACGACAGAAAGACACGUCUUGUUACCUGAAGAUGCGCAAUUAGCACCGAUUCCUCGAUCACCCAUGGGGUCACAAGUCUCUUUAUCUCUCAUCCCUCCGCCUAAACCACCUCCUCCUGCGAUUGGAUCAUCUAGACAUGCUCCGCCAGGCGAUGAGAGAUCCGAUGCCGAAAAGAUGACCAAAAGGGAAAGACAGGAGAAUGGUCUACCUCGACUGACCGCUUAUGCAACUGCGGAGGCCUACAGGCUGAAGCUUUUGCAGGCGUUUCUCAAGAGAGAACAUGGUGUUGGAGUCGUCAGAGUCUUCGAUGACUGUAUCUACGCUGUUUACACGCUCCCCCUGCUUCCGGGAUACGCCGCUUCGACUACCGUACGAUCGUCGCCUGCCAUGAAGUCACCUGGAGGCGUCUCUCUCCUAGAACGCAUGACUCUAGCCGAGGAUCUGGGUUAUGAUGAUUCUUACUUUCCGUCUGUGGCUGAGGACGCCCCUCAAGCCCAUCACAACCCCUCUGAGUACAUCCUAUCUGAAUCUCCUCCACCCCCCAUUUCACCUACCGACCUGCCGCUAUCUCCGCCGAUCGGUGGGAACACUCUCCGCGCGAUGGAUAUCCCCGCAGGCGAAGGAGAAGAACGGGAGCAAGCUAUCGAGAUAAUGCAGGAGCGUAUGGAGAGGAGAGAUGGUUUCGACGAUGCUCUCGAGCUACGUCUAGACGACGAUGUCGGUGUGCAAGCUGCGACAACCCAAGUCACCCUUGGUACUCAACUCUCCCCAGAAGAUCCGAAAUACUUUGAGCAUAUCCCUGCACCGGCUCUAUCGCCCAAUGAUCUGCCUGAGGCUGCACCUGCUGUUGAACACGACCACUAUCGGGUAGAACAAGCCCCCGCUUUAAUCCCUCCACCUCGGGCCAAACCGGUGCCCAUGAACGCUAGGGCUCGUAGAAGAUCUGCUGUGAAUCUCACUGGAAAAGUCGCCGAGGCAGUGUUCUUUAGCUACGGCGUCAGUGUCUUCUAUGGAUUCCAGGAAGACGAGGAGAAGGAUAUCAUGGAUGAUGUGGAGCGAGCAGGUAUAUGGGUCAAAGGCCUGGAUGAAGAAGAUUGGGAGGUCGACGAGUUUCAUUAUGUCCACGACCCAGCUGCAGAAUUCCCUCGAAUCUACAACGACAUGUUCACCUUCAAAUCCAAUAACCAUCUGUUCAAGCUAUCUCUUGCUCAUGCUCUGGCUCAGUCCACCAAGUUGUCGAUCUACGAAGCGACUAUGCAGGAAUCGUUAUCGCUCACCUCAUCCUUCCCGAAGGAAUUGUCAACAACUGGUCAUCUGCAGAUGAAUCGAAGGGAAGCUCUCAAGAUGACCGGCAGGUUGUUCAGGUUGAGAAUGGAUGUCAACCUUAUUGGCGGCAUCUUAGACACGCCCGAGCUGUUCUGGUCAGAAGCAUCCCUGUACCCUCUGUACGAGGCUAUCAGGGAAUACCUUGAGAUAGGACCACGAGCACAAGUUCUCAAUGACCGCCUCGCCGUCGCUGGAGAUCUGCUCGAAGUGAUACACGAGUACAUUGAAGAAAAAGCUACGGAUCGAAUCACCUGGAUCAUUAUCUGGUUGAUUGUGGUCGCUUGCUUUGUGGAAUUUGGCGAAGUCCUUGCCAGACUCAUCUUUCAUGCCCUGCCACGCAAGCCUGGCGAGUUUCUCAUCGUCAAGGGCAGCAGAAUGCUUGUCGAUUCAGCUGUCAAGGCCGUGUGACGAGAUGCGCAUGUUCACUGAAAAUGUAAUCUCAAUCUCUCAAUCUGAUGUACAACAGCUCGAGCUGUAGACUUUUUUCAGGCAUCCAUGACUGUGAUGUAUCCAUAUUUGAUACAUAAUUCUUGGCUUCCGACGGAAGUAAGGCAUUGCUGGCAAGAUUGUAUUUCAACGGCAUGUCACCUAGGAUUGUCGAUGUACUACUACCUCAUAGACAUGCUGCCGAAUCCGAAGCCGAAGAUUAUGCUGCCCUUUGCUGAAGCUUACUAUCUGCUACAAAGGCUUUGAUCACUCAGCCAAGCAGGUAUCCCGGCGAAAAACCCGCUUGUGG